CUUGGCUGGGGUUCCUGGAGACGCCGCACUGUUCGCUGCAGCUUCUGCUGUUUUCCUACUUUUUAUCCGGACGGGUGAGCUGGGUCGUAAUGCGUUGGUUACUCUCAGCAACUAAGCUGGUUCCCGCCGUAGCGACCGCCCGCAGCUUCUCAGGUGUGAAACAGAGCUUCUGAACUUUUUCAUCUUGCAAAUCUGAAAUUAUAUCCAUUAACAGCUUUCCCAUUCUACCUCCCCAACCCCAGCUGCUGGUAACCAUGAUUCUACUUGUUUUUGAUGCAUGUCAUGUUCACAGCGAAGGUACUCCCUCCAGCCCAUCCCAGAGAAGAGGAUUCCAAAUCGAUACUUAGGCCAGCCCAGCCCCUUUACACACCCACACCUCCUCAGACCAGGGGAGGUGACACCAGGACUAUCCCAGGUGGAAUAUGCACUUCGCAGACACAAACUAAUGUCUUUGAUCCACAAUGAAACACAAGGGCUGAGUGGGACAGACCAGACAGUGGUUCUGCUGUCCAACCCUAUAUACUACAUGAGCAAUGAUAUCCCUUAUACUUUCCACCAAGACAACAAUUUCCUGUACCUGUGUGGAUUCCAAGAGCCUGAUAGUAUUCUGGUCCUUCAAAGCCUUCCUGGCAAGCAGUUACCAGCACACAAGGCCAUACUUUUUGUGCCUCGGAGAGAUCCCAGUCGAGAACUCUGGGAUGGCCCACGAUCUGGCACUGAUGGAGCAAUAGCUCUAACUGGAGUGGAUGAAGCUUAUACACUGGAAGAAUUUCAACAUCUACUACCAAAGCUAAAAGCCGAGACAAAUAUGGUUUGGUAUGACUGGAUAAGGCCCUCUCACACUCGGCUUCACUGUGACUACAUGCAGCAUCUGACUGAAUUCAAAGCCAGGAGCAAGAACAAGGUUCGGGCUGUCCAGCAGCUGGUACAACACCUGCGGCUCAUCAAAUCUCCUGCAGAAAUUGAGCGAAUGCAGAUCGCUGGGAAGCUGACAUCACAGGCUUUCAUAGAGACCAUGUUUGCCAGUAAAGCCCCUGUGGAGGAAGGUUUUCUUUAUGCUAAGUUUGAAUUUGAAUGCCGGGCCCAUGGCGCAGACAUCUUAGCCUACCCACCUGUGGUUGCUGGAGGUAAUCGGUCAAACACUUUGCACUAUGUGAAGAAUAAUCAACUCAUAAAGGACGGGGAAAUGGUGCUGCUGGAUGGAGGCUGCGAGGCCUCUUGCUAUGUGAGUGACAUCACCCGCACCUGGCCUGUCAGUGGCAGGUUCACAGCUCCUCAGGCAGAACUCUAUGAAGCUGUUCUAGAGAUCCAGCGAGAGUGUCUGACCCUCUGCUCCCCUGGGACAAGCUUAGAGACCAUCUACAACAUGAUGCUGACACUGAUAGGGCAGAAGCUUAAAGAAUUGGGAAUCGUGAAGAACAUUAAGGAAAAUAGUGGUUUCAAGGCUGCUCGAAAAUACUGCCCUCAUCAUGUUGGCCAUUACCUUGGGAUGGAUGUCCAUGACACUCCAGACGUGCCCCGUUCCCUCCCCUUACAGCCCGGCAUGGUAAUCACGGUGGAGCCAGGCAUUUAUGUUCCGGAGGAUGACAGAGAUGCCCCAGAGAAGUUCCGUGGCCUUGGUGUACGAAUUGAAGAUGAUGUAGUGGUGACUCAGGACUCACCUCUGAUCCUUUCUGCAGAUUGUCCCAAAGAGAUGAGUGACAUUGAGCAGAUAUGCAGCAGAGCUUCCUGAGCCUCCCCACAGCCCCCAUGCGCCUCAGGCUCAAGAGGGGUGUCCACUGGCAUCUGUGCACUCCUGCUUUCUGAGUGUCUCCAUGUGAACAUUUACACACAUGUCUGUUUGGGAGGGUGGCAGCUGUGUGAGUGUAUAUAAUUGUGGAUGUGGUCUUUUUUUAAGUAGCUAGAAAUAUGGAAAACUGAAUUGUUGAACUGUAUGUCACUUCAAACUUUAGUUACACUAAUUCUAUGGAAUUAAUGACUCAGGUAAGUUUAAUUUUUAAAGGUAAAGAAAGAUUUUUGUUACAUAUGUCGAUGUAUUCCAGUUAACACAUUUAAACAUACAGAAAAUUCUCUCUCUCUCCAUGUCUUCCCUUUCUGCACUUUUGAUGAGAUCUACCCAAUAACGUAAGAUGUCUGUGUAAUACUUGUAUUUUGAGCUAACUGCCAAGGUCCCUGUUUACACUAAAAACUACCCAUCAGUCAUUGGGGGUGGCCAGUAGAGAUCUUCUGUAAUUCUUACCUACCUAUUCCCCAUCCUGUGUAUCUACUGGAGCCAUAUGAGCCCUCAUGGGCACUGGUGUCCUGCGGUCCCACCAUUCAGCCACAGUGCAGAUUCCAGCAACACUAGCUAUUAAAAAAGUUUUGAGUCUUU